AUGUUUCUACAGCAAAUUCUGGACGUUGACGAGAAGAACCAACUGGUUUCCGUAAAUGCUUGGCUCAGCUAUACAUGGCAAGAUUACAAUCUUAUUUGGGACCCAACCAAAUACGAAGGAAUCCAAGAUAUUCGAUUUCCUGGCUCAGCUGAUCACAUUUGGAGGCCAGACAUUCUGCUUUACAACAGUGCUGCAGAGGAUUUUGACUCGACUUUUUAA